AUGCUCACCCCUAUUAGUGGUGGAUUUGGCAAGGGUGGAGGAAUUCGAGGAGGAAUCGGUAAAGGUGGAGGCUUUGGUGGUGGAUUUGGCAAGGGUGGAGGAAUUGAAGGAGGAAUCGGUAAAGGUGGAGGUGUUGGUGGUGGAUUUGGCAAGGGUGGGGGUAUUGGUAAAGGUGGUGGAUUUGGGGGCGGUGUAGGUGGUGGUUUUGGCAAGGGUGGAGGCAUUGGUAAAGGUGGAGGAAUUGGAGGAGGCAUCCGUAAAGGUGGAGGUGUUGGUGGUGGAUUUGGUAAGGGUGGAGGAAUUGGGGGAGGCAUCGGUAAAGGUGGAGGUGUUGGUGGUGGAUUUGGCAAGGGUGGGGGAAUUGGAGGAGGAAUCGGUAAUGGUGGAGGUGUUGGUGGUGGAUUUGGCAAGGGUGGAGGAAUUGGAGGAGGAAUCGGUAAAGGUGGAGGUGUUGGUGGUGGAUUUGGCAAGGGUGGAGGAAUUGGAGGAGGCAUUGGUAAAGGUGGAGGUGUAGGUGGUGGAUUUGGAAAAGGUGGAGGAAUCGGCGGAGGUAUUGGUAAAGGAGGAGGAGUUGGAGGUGGAAUUGGAAAAGGUGGUGGUAUUGGGGGAGGAGUUGGUGGUGGAUUUGGAAAAGGUGGAGGAAUCGGUGGAGGUAUUGGUAAAGGAGGAGGCAUUGGAGGAGGAGUUGGAGGUGGAAUUGGGAAAGGUGGUGGGGUUGGGGGAGGAGUUGGUGGUGGAAUUGGAAAAGGUGGAGGAAUCGGCGGAGGUAUUGGUAAUGGUGGAGGCAUUGGAGGUGGAGUUGGGAACGGUGGUGGUGUAGGGGGAGGAGUUGGUAGUGGUGCAGGUGGAGGAAUUGGAAAAGGUGGUGGUAUUGGUGGAGGAGUAGGAGGAGGAAAUGGUGGUGGAGUUGGAGGUGGUGUAGGUGGAGGAUUUGGAAAAGGUGGUGGCAUUGGUGGAGGUGCGGGGGGAGGAUUUGGAAAAGGUGGUGGAAUUGGUGGAGGAGGUGGUGCAGGUGGCGGUGCAGGUGGUGGCAUUGGUGGAGGAUUUGGAAAAGGUGGUGGAAUUGGUGGAGGAGGUGGUGCAGGUGGCGGUGCAGGUGGAGGUAUAGGUGGAGGAUUUGGUGGAGGUGCAGGUGGAGGAUUCGGAAAAGGUGGCGGUGUAGGUGGAGGAUUUGGGAAAGGCGGUGGGAUCGGAGGUGGGAUAGGAGGAGGUAGUGGCGGCGGUUUUGGAGGUGGAUUUGGUGGAGGAGCAGGAGGUGGAGGUGGAUUCGGUGGUGGAGGUGGUGGUGGAGGCGGUGGUGGAAUCGGUCAUCACUAGGUUUUCCAAUUCUUUUCUUAUGUUAUUUCCACCAUGCCCAAUGACUUAUUGGCAUAGUGUCCAUAGGCUACAUGAAACUACAUUUUCCAUUUUCUUAUAUUUAAAUACUAGAGCACAAGCAUUUGUAAUAUCACUAUUAUUGUCAACUAAAUAAAAGUAACAUGCAAUAUAUUAUUAU